CCUAACGCUGAUUGGUCUGCAAGUGGGCCUCCUUUGCCAAGCCCACAGCACAAGUGGGUAUAUACUGUAAGCACUUCAGAUGCAAGAGUCAAAGAAUAAGGAAGUUUGGGAUCUUCAAUAUCUACCACAGCUUGUUAUCCUGCCACCCAUCUGAGACUGUGAAAUGAAGACCCAGCAGCCUCUUCAUGUGGCCACUCCAGUGAGGCAGAGCCUUGCCCUGACUAAAGUAGCUGGGACCCCUGUUUACCUCAAGCUGGAUUCAUCUCAGCCCACAGGAUCCUUUAAGAUCAGGGGCAUUGGGCACUUCUGCCAAACUUGGACAGAGCGAGGAUGUGAACGAUUUGUCUGCUGUUCAGGAGGAAAUGCUGGUAUGGCAGCAGCUUAUUCUGCCCGUCAGCUUGGGGUACCUGCAACCAUAGUAGUUCCAAGUGUUACACCAAACCCAACAGUGGAGAGGCUGAAGGACGAGGGUGCCACUGUGGUUAUUCAUGGCAAGGCUCUUAAUGAAAGCAUUGAAUACGGACAGAAGCUUGUGGUGAACAACCCUGGCUGGAUCUUCAUCUCACCCUUUGAUGAUCCCUUCAUCUGGGAAGGCCACACUUCUCUGGUGAAGGAGCUGGAGAAAGACCUGAGGGAGAAGCCAGGUGCAAUAGUGUUGUCGGUGGGAGGCGGAGGCCUGCUGAACGGAGUGGUGGAGGGGCUGCGUCGUGCCAACUGGGCUGACGUGCCCAUUGUAGCCAUGGAAACCAUGGGAGCACAUAGCCUCAAUGCAGCAAUACAGGCUGGGGAGCUGGUCACUUUACCUGAAAUUACUAGUGUUGCAACCACACUGGGCCUGAAGAGGGUGUCUGCACAGACUCUUAAACUGGUGAACGAGCACACAGUUUUCUCAGAAGUAGUCACAGACCAGGAGGCUGUAAAGGCUGUGGAACGCUUUGUUGAUGACGAGAAGGUCCUGGUGGAGCCUGCCUGCGGUGCUGCCCUGGCAGCUGUGUACAGUGACAUAAUCAAAAGGCUGCAGGACGAGGGCAAGCUGCCACAGCGCCUGGGCCCGGUGGUCAUCGUGGUGUGCGGCGGCAACAACAUCAGCAUGGAGCAGCUAUGGAAGCUGAAAAAACAGCUUGGUAUUAUCUAGCGUGGCCGACCACCUGGGGUCUGCCUGACCUUUCCUCUGUUCCUGCUCCAUCAGUUGGUCUCAAUCCAAAAACCCCAUUAUUCAUGUGCUCCAUAGACCGAAGCAUUCCAGACUGUGAAACACUCCUGAGCACUGAGACUGACUGAAUGUGAACUGCUGGAGGGAUUUUUUUUUUUAACCUUGUAAAAAGUUUGGUAAAGGUAGUUUUUCUUUCUUUCAGAAAAAGAAAACAAAAGUACACUGACACAUUUAGAUGGCAUUUGCAUUUGUAGUGUGUUUAGCGUGCUUGAUUUGUAAAAGUGCUUGUGUGUUGUUCUGCUUUUGUACAUGUAUUUUAAAAUUAAUACAUUUUUAUUUCUGAAUAUUCUGCCUAAAGAAUCAUUUCCCUGCCUUGACAGUUUCUUCUUCCUGACUGCAGAUGGUAUGUAAAAUACAAAUCAAACCACUUCCUCACAACAUAAGCUUUAACCAGCAGUCAAACAACAUGUGAAUGGACUUCUGGUUUAUGUUUGCUCCCUGUUUUCCUAAGAGAUUUCUAUAAGCACUGUUUUUAUAUUAAUGCUAGAGUGAUAAAUAGGUCAUGGCAAUAAUAGCUUGUCACAGAUAUAUCAUUAUCAUUGUAUGGCAGCCGAUAAGUAACAAGAAAUUGCACUACAUAAAUGCCAAAAGGUUUAAGGUAGUAAAAAAACUGUCACCAUUGAAUAGUUUGUCGAACAGAGAGCACUGACAAGUAGAUUUAUACACUGAAAAAUGUCCAGCUUAGUACGUAUCUUGGUCAUAAUUUAAAAUUAAAAACAAAACUAAGGGAACUGAAUCAAGAUUGUUGGCUUAUAUUAUGUGUAUAUAGUUUAAAAAAUUAUUAUUGGCCGGUAUAUCGGUCAGAUUUUUCUAAAGCCCAAAUAUUUAUAUCGGUAUCGGCCUGAAAAAUCCAGUAUCAUUCAGGCUGAUAAAGGGAUGUUUAAACAGUGCAAAUGUAAAGUUAUUAUUUGGGCUACAGCUUAAUUACAAUCUCUCCCAUACCAUUAAACUAUUCAUUGUACAACAAUUCAUUAAUAGCCCUGACAUCAGUAGCUUACUUUUCUAAUUAAGUUCCUCUCUCCUUAGUGAGUGGUUUGGCUGGCACAAUGGAUUCAGAAUUACAUCCUUGAGCAGCUGUGAUCCUUUACGAAGGAAUGAGUAAAUCAUAAAGUUUUAAAUUAGAGACCUACAACUUUUCAUAAAGCAGAUAAUGGAUUCAGUCAACACAGAGAGCAAUGUUUCCACAGCAAUGUAUUCCAGCCAGGUCAAGUGGCCUCUCACCACCUUAAAGGCCUUUAGGCUGCUAAAGAAGCUGUUACAGUGGGUCAGUCACAUGUCACAUGACCACAGCAGAUGUCUCCACACCUUUUAUAUACAUUGAACUUCCCUGCAUUCAAUUGGCUGAUUUGUUAGGGAUGUGGCACUUUUCUUAGUUGCUCUUGGUGUGGGGGUCAUUAAAACAAGCGUGGAGGUUCUUUAUGUCAGAAAGUGGGGAGACAGCUGUAUGUGAGGGACAGCUGAUUGGUUACUUUGAAACCAACCAGUCAACAUGCUGGAGACAUUCCUGGAAUUCCUCUUCAGUACGCUUGUAGGCUUGGUAUUAAAAUGGAAAAUUUUAUUUAAAAAAAUAUUUUAUGUUUGACUGAUGUUUUUUGUUGUUAAAUCAUUUUCUGAGAGAAUACAACCAUUGUGCAGUAACCACACUGUUGACAGAGUGACACACAACUGGUACUCCACAGUAUAGCUCAGCUGGGGGAGGUAUAUACAUAAUACAUAACUCUUAUCAACUGAGUUUGCAGCGUAACACAGAAAUAUGUGACCAGUUCACAUUUUUGCAGAUGACAUUUUUCAAACAUUGCUUCCAAAGUUGAUGGUUCCAUUUGAAUACAGCAUAUUAAAAAGGAGCUGAAAUGACAGUGUGAGUCAGUGAGGAGCAUGACUAGAGAUCCAGCAAGAACUGGCCUGGCCCAGCACUCGCUGCAUUGAAAAGGUGUCUGGUUUACAGGAAGUGGUGACAUAACCGGAGCCGGUCGUGGGACCUUACAUAAAAAGCAUGUCUUAAAAGGAGACACAACAUGCUUCACAGGCUUCAUUCAUCAUGAUCAACACUCAUUGUUAUAACAUGUAACAGGCAUAUCUGCUACACCACGCCAACACUGUUCAGUCAAGUAUACAAAUGACUCAUUUUGGGGGGGAUUUUGCAAUAAAAAACAUAAAUUUAUGAAAUGUGCUUUCCCAACCACAGUGAAUGUUUAUCUGAGCAAUAUCUCAAAGAAAAGUUAACUAAAAUAAGCACAGAAAUGUAGUAGCUGGGUCAAUAUGCAAAAUACAUAAAGCAGGACAAUGAAACAGUGUUGUACAUGAAGACAUUUCUUUAUUGUGACACAGAAAUCUCAAAUGCCAGCUGAUUCUUUACAUCUGUAUAAUCCAUUUUAGAUAUGUUAAGUUUCUGAUGUGCAGAGGUAAGACAGUAAAAGUUAAGUUAAUGCAACCAUAAAUAAUUGUAAUAAAUAUCAAGUAAAUGUACAGCACACAUUUUUUCGCAACACCUCUUUGUAUGGAUAUGUCCUUUUUAUAACCUUAUCUACUUCCCCGAGGAGGGCGUAGAAAAGAGAGCGUCCCUGUUAGCAGCGGUAUAUCACCCUUCAAAAGAAC